UUUGUUAUGUUAAUGAUGCUUCUAAUUUAUUUAACCUAGACUUUGCCGCCCUUAAAGUUUUAGAAAUUGAUGCUGGCGGUGGUAAUUUGAGGUUGGAUGCUUUGCUAACCAGUGGAAUACAAAUGAAAAAGUUAGAAACACUGAGAAUAAAUUGCUGGUGUGUAGAUGAAGAGCUCAUGCAAAUGAUAAUUAAGUUCGAAAUGUUGAAACAUCUUGAAAUUCGUAUUGCGAAUUGGUAUUUUGGUCCAAGAAUUCUACAUAGACAACUAAGCAAUUUGAAAGGUCCAAUAGAAAAACUCCUUGUUAGUUCUGAGUUGACCAUUUAUGAACUGGUGAGGUCGAUAGAACCUUUAAAAACGCUAAAAGAAUUUCGCAUAGAUGGUAGAUCCAUUCAGUCAUCAUUUGAUAGCUUCGCCAAUCGAAAUGAUGAUAAAUGCCAACCUGCAAAAGUUGACGCAAAUGAACAGAAUUUAAUGCAUCUUAAACUUCACACUCUUCAUGUUAGCGUAGAUUCAACUUAUGAAGAACUAAUCAAACUUAUAUCACACGGAGACUUUAAAGCUUUCGCUGACAUUAAGAAACUGGUGAUAGAUGUAAUAGCAAUACUUUCAAAAGACAAUCAGGUGUCGUCUGAAAGUUCGCCAGAACUGCUAAAUAACUUGAUCGAAAAUGUUUUUGAGACGUUCAAACAGCUUGAUGUACUUGUGUUCUGUUAUAAGAGUUCUGACAUAUCUGAAGAAGAGGCGCAUAUUCUCCGUGAGUUUUUUUCGUCAAGAUGUAAAUCUCUUAAGGAACGAUGCGAGUGGUCAGAUGAGUGCGAUGAAGAACAAACCAUUUUCGAGCUUUAUAAGUAA